AUGUAAGGGCAAUCGUAGAGCGAUUUUAGUUCAAAAAUUCCAUGUGUUAGUGGCCUAGUGUAAAUUUACUAUUUCACUCCCCGUUGUUUUAUCUCAUCCCCUUCCAUCCUUUGUGGAUUUCGUAAUAUCAUAUUUUUUACUUCCAUCCCAUAAAAAUGGCGCUUACGGACGCAGAUGUUCAGAAGCAGAUUAAGCACAUGAUGGCUUUCAUCGAACAAGAAGCCAAUGAAAAGGCUGAAGAAAUCGAUGCAAAGGCGGAAGAAGAGUUUAACAUCGAAAAGGGGAGAUUAGUGCAGCAACAGCGAUUGAAGAUUAUGGAAUUCUAUGAGCGCAAGGAAAAACAGAUCGAGCUGCAGAAAAAGAUUCAGAGUUCCAACCUCCUGAACCAAGCUCGCUUGAAAGUCCUCCGAGCACGUGACGAUCACAUUCAGAAUAUUUUGCAAGAAGCUCGGAAACGCUUAGGAAAUAUUACUAAAGAUCAGAAUCGCUAUGUGGAUCUGCUUCGUAACUUGACGCUCGAAGGGCUUUUCAACCUUUUGGAACCGACUGUCGUCGUUAAGUGUCGGGGUCAAGAUCUUCAUGUCGUUCAGGAUAUCGUCAGAGAGAGUGUUCCACAAUAUAAAGAAAAAUCCAGUCGGGAUGUACGGGCCCAUGUGGAUGAGAACGAUUUACUAGGACAGGAUACUUCUGGAGGUGUCGUGCUUCAGAGCGGUAGUGGAAAAAUUAAGAUGAGGAGUACCCUGGAAAGCAGGUUGGAGAUUGUUGCUCGCGAGAAUCUUCCUCAAAUUCGAAAUGCAUUAUUUGGUGCCAAUCCUAAUCGGAAGUUUAUGGAUUAAUGUUCUCUUCCGUGAAUAUUUUGGGAUGCCACGGUGAGACAAGAGGCGCCUGUUUCGGAAUAGUAUGUCUUUAGAAUUCUAGCAGCUGAAUUACUUCGGUUUUAUUUGCUUUAACUUAAAUGUGCAAAGUAUGCACGUGUGUGCUUAUCGUGAAGAAAACGAAAAUGGUUUCAGAAAUUAGUUUAAAUGAUUGCUUGCUGUAUGUUCUACGUCAUAUUAUAUGUGCAUGGAUUGUUGGUUUAAUUCAAAACGUGAGGUUUGAUGUUCUUAUUCGUUCCGAAUUCCAGCAUUAAAUGCAUUCCAAGUUUGA